UUGACAGCUGUGCGGACAACCAUUUUGGGCUCAAAUAGUAUGACCUACUUUCAAAGCCGGGAACCAUCAACACAAAAAGUCCCGAUUGUUCAGCCGUUACCGGACAAGUCUGCUGUGAACCAGGCAUGGACUGCCUGUCGGUCGGAGAAUGCUUCUGCCCGUUCGGUGAAAUUCCAAAAGAUGGCCCUAUCCAAUGUUGUACUGAAGACUGUGGGGUGGGACAGUCGUGCGACGCAACUGGAGCGUGGGCCACCGCCAUCCCGUUUGGCGGUAUAUGCGAAGAGAACGGUGAACGCUCUUCAAACGCAUGCGACCGAAAGGCGGGCAUCAAAUGUCACACGUACGACUGUUGUGGAAAAGCAGGAAAUGAAAUCGAUUUUCCGCCUCCCAAUCGAGUGUCGCGACAAGUACUGCCUGUGUGAAACCCCUCGCGGCUGGAAGUACAACAACGAAACCGUUCCCUGCAUAUUCGAGGGAGGCCGGUCGGACAAAAAGCUAUGUCUGGAUGCCCCUGUUGGGUUCGGUUCACCUGCUCCUCCUGGUCCGUAA